UCCACUGUUCCGGCAGUUCCAAUAAUUCCGACAAAGAAAAUGAGGAGAGGGAGAGAAAAUCAAUUUUCAAACAGUAAAAAUAGAAUUAUUCAAUUAGAUAAACGAUAGGAGUAGUUUAAGAAAUUUACCCUAAAAAUAAAGAAAUAUGUUUGCUUUGGCCCAUGACAAAUUUUCCCAAUCUCUAACCUAUACACAGGUAUCACUCCGGGCAAUCUAUUCACAUUCCUGAUCACGAACCUUCACGGGGGAAGAUGUUACCCAACAACGCAACCGGUCACUGGUGGACGAUGGAAUAGCUCCGCCCUACCGUUGUCAUCACUUUUGAGUUCCGUCGUUUGCAGAUUCAUUGAUCAAAUGGUUCAUUUAUUUCCAUCAUGAGUACGAUGAUUCCCCCACCAUUAAAUGUUUGUCGUCUUUCUCGCCGAGGGAGCAGUAUGAACGAUAGCGAAGUUGUAUUCGCAAACCUUAGUAGCUUUGAAGGUAUAAUAACUCCCUCGAGGCUUUGUCUCACCUCCGUUGUUCUUCCAUGGCGGACAUGGUGAAGCAUGGAAAGAAGCAUCGGCGUUUCCAAUGGCUCCUUAUUCUCAUGUCUGAGAAGGUGGGCCUACUGGAAGAUAUCUCAACGUCAAGAGUUUAUAAAGUCGUGUUACUUCACCUCAGCACCGGAAGAUUUCCGUCGAUUGAACAAGGCGAUCUACCAUUUAAUCCGAAAUGGUCGAAUUAACGAAGCGAGAAGUGUAUUCGACGCCACACAACACCGGAACGCUGUCACGUGGAACUCUAUGAUAUCUGGGUACAUCCAAAACAGGGAGAUUGCCAAGGCGCGUAAACUGUUCGAUCAAAUGCCCAAUCGAGAUAUCGUCUCGUGGAACCUGAUGAUAUCGGGUUAUUUUUCAUGCCCGGGGCUCAGACUGAUUGAGGAGGGACGAUCCUUAUUUGAUCGAAUGCCCGAGAGAGACCUGGUAUCUUGGAACACAGUCAUCAGUGGCUAUGCACGGAACGGGAGAAUCCAGGACGCAUUAUAUCUUUUUCAUAUAAUGCCUGAGCGGAAUAUAGUGUCUCGGAAUGCAAUGAUCACUGGCCUCUUGCAAAACGGUGAUGUUUCAGGUGCAAUUGAAUUGUUUGAGAGGAUGCCUGAACGGGACUCCACUUCUCUUAGUGCACUUGUAUCGGGUCUCAUUCAGAAUGAUCAACUGGACAAAGCUGCAAGGAUUUUGCUUGAUGUUGAGAAGGCAUUUGAGGACAGAGGAGAUUUAAUUCAUGCGUAUAACACUCUGAUUGCUGGUUAUGGUCAAAGAGGAAUGGUCGAUGAAGCUCGACGCUUGUUUGACCAAAUUCCUUCUUACACUAAUUUCAGUAAAGAAGGUCAGCAAUUCAAAAGAAACGUGGUAUCAUGGAAUUCAAUGAUCAUGUGCUAUGUUAAAGUGGGAGACGUGGUUUCAGCCAGAAGGAUCUUUGAUGAAAUGAUGGAACGAGAUACCAUCUCAUGGAACACCAUGAUCAGUGCCUAUGUUCGUGCAUCAGAUAUGGCAGAAGCUUCAGAUCUUUUCCUUAGAAUGCAGGACCCUGAUACCAGGUCAUGGAAUUUGAUGAUUUCAGGGCAUGCCCAGGAAGGCAAUAUGGAACUUGCAUGUUAUUUCUUUAACAGGAUGCCCCAGAAAAGCCUUGUUUCAUGGAAUUCAAUGAUAGCAGGAUUUGAGCAAAGUGGAGAUUAUGAAGAAGCAAUUCAACUCUUUCUUCAGAUGCUAGCUGAAGGUGAAACUCCUGACAAACACACAUUAUCGUCACUGCUCAGUGUGUGUGCUGGGCUCACAGCUCUUUACCAAGGAAUGCAGAUUCAUCAACAAGUAAUAAAAACAGUAGUUGCAGAUAUACCAAUAAAUAAUUCCCUUGUAACUAUGUACUCAAGAUGUGGGGCCAUAGUGGAGGCACAAGCAAUUUUUGAUGAGAUGAAAAUGCAGAGAGAUGUGGUUUCAUGGAACGCAAUGAUUGGGGGGUACGCCUAUCAUGGUUUUGCAAAGGAGGCUCUUGAGCUUUUUGGGGAGAUGAAGAGGAUGAAAGUGCAACCCACAUAUAUUACAUUCAUAUCAGUUUUGAAUGCAUGUGCUCAUGCGGGGUUGGUGGAGGAAGGCCGUCGAGAGUUUGAAUCCAUGGUUAGGGAAUUUAGGAUUGAACCAAGGGUUGAACACUAUGCUUCCCUUGUGGACAUUGUGGGGCGGCAUGGACAGCUGGAAGAGGCCAUGAAUUUGAUUAGAGGCAUGCCAUUUGAACCUGAUAAGGCUGUGUGGGGUGCCCUGUUGGGUGCUUGCAGGGUACAUAACAAUGUGAAAUUGGCCAAGGUUGCAGCUGAGGCAUUAAUGAGGCUUGAGCCAGAAAAUUCAGCACCAUAUGUAUUGUUAUAUAACAUUCAUGCUGAUGCAGGGAGAUGGAUGGAUGCAAUGGAUGUGAGAAUGGUGAUGGAUGGUAAGGGAAUUAGAAAGCAACCAGGGUACAGCUGGAUAGAGUUGUACAACGAGGUUCAUAUAUUUGUUACAGCAGAUCGAUCCCAUCCCCUUGCAGAAGAGAUCCAUGCACUAAUUGAGAGUUGCAAUCGGGUAACCAAAGAGCUAGAUGUUGAGAUCCAGUAUACCUCUGAAUUUGAUUAUGUAUUGGGAAGGCAUUGAUGGUAUUUUUUAACAUGACAUUUGCAACAUGAUGGACUAGAUUCCUGAGAUAACCAUGCAAACAUAUUUAAUACAAUUACAUUGGAAAGAUGGCCGAGUUAUUGUAGUAAUUAGCUCAUUUCCUCUUCCAUGCUGCUUUAGUUGCAAAGGCACCAAUUACAUACCCAAUGGUGUUACAUUGACCGACCUUGUGACAUGGAGCUAAUUGAUGGAAAAUGGAAGGAAUUCUUGGGGAUCAUGUUAAUGUGAAUUGGGAAUGUGUCCUUACUUGAUCAUUCCCCAAGGCAUAGGUUUCCUUGUCAUAUGCAACAUCAUCACCUAUCUUGAGACCAUCAUCUUCCAUCCUGAGAUAACAAUGUGAUAUAUGAACCUUGUGACAGUAACAUUCCAUGCAUUAAUAAAAGCAGCUCCUAUGGGCUACUGUUCCACCA